GCCACUUCCAAAGCUAUCCACUGCAAAGCCACCACACGAAUACAAAAGAGCAAAGCGGGAAGACAAUGUAUGAUAUUGUUGGCGCCUUCUAAUUCGCUGCACGCCCCGACUUCAUGAUGUCCGCAGAACUUCAAGCAGAUGUCCAGUUCCGGCUCUGCCUCCCUUCAAAAUGAGCGCAGGUCAGCUUCCCCUCCACCUUCAGAUUCCACGCUUGCGCGAGAUCCUUUCAUCCAACCCCACUCUUGUGGGUGUGCUCUUUCGCGCGGCGGCCCUCAAUUUACCGAAUUGGUAUCUCGCGGGUGGCGCUUUAUCGCAGACCAUCUGGAACAACGUCUCAGAGCUUCCACCUGAAACCGGGAUCCGCGACUACGAUCUCGUCUAUUAUGAUGCUUCGGACUUGUCGUACGAGGCGGAAGACAUAGUCAUUCAGGUUGGUAAGCAUCAUUUUGCUGAUGUUCCCGUGGAGGUGGAGAUCAGAAACCAGGCACGCGUUCAUUUGUGGUAUGAAGAGAAGUAUGGUGUGCCAUGUCAACCACAUGCCAGCGUCGAGGCUGGGAUUGACACAUGGAUAUCCACCAGUGCCAUGCUAGGUGUGAGGAUAGACGAGAUGGGGGAGUGGAUCGUGUACGCCCCUCGAGGGUUGUCUGACUUUUUCAAUAUGGUGGUGAGGCCUAAUCCGGUUUUGGGGAAAAGAGAGGCGUAUGAUAAGAAGGUCAAGCGGUGGCAAGCAAUCUGGCCAAACCUUAUAGCCGAACCCUGGCCCCCAGCAGAGGUGUGGCAAACACCCUAGGGACACUGGACGAUCGAAGGCACCGCAGAGGACUGGCCCAGGCCGAACCCAUCGGAUCAGCGUGGGCAAAGGAAGGGCAGGGGAGAGUUAGGCGCCUGGAAAAGAUCACAACAGGUACAUCAUGGACACCUCGAUGAUAGUGGCGUCGGCUCUCGUUGGAGUGUUGACGGGUGAAGAAAGAAUGGGGUCUAUCAACCCUGGAGGCAUCUUCAGCCGAUGAACCACUAUGCACUCUCAACCCAACCAACACCACGUCUUGCUACUGGACCGGAAGAGCUCGGGUGAUACCUGGCAGAGGAGCGUUGACUUGCAAAAUGGGAAAACCAGUCCGAAACACAGAAUGUCCGGAGUGGAAGAUAGCGCGAGGGGUGGCGAUGGUUUACGGGGAAAUACCGAAGAUGAGAAGUCUGGCGAAUGUGCCCCGGUUGGUGUAGAGGGCCAACCAUGGGCGAGGUCGACAAAGCAGAUCAUGACCUUUGGAGGCUGGACACAAGGGUCUGAGCAUGCUGCGGCAGAGGCGGAUACCCCUUCCCUCAGAAAAGGAGGAAUUGGCGACUUGGGGAAUGAUCGAUCGACCGAUUGGUACACCGCUUGAUGGUCCAGCACUAUGGUACAAGCCCAGACCAGGCACGUCCGCGGAGUCCCAGUCUCGACGUCUACACAAUAUGGAGACAGUUGCCCUUGUGGUGUGAUAGCCAUUGGGCAUUGUUUCAUGGUAGGAAGAGCAGGUUCGUCAGUUGAACACCCUAAAGCCAUAACGAGGUAUCAAAGACUUGUCAUAUUGAGCCUGCGAGGGAGGGAAUGUGCAUUCUGGACAAGUUCACGAUAUUGCUACGCCCCAAAGCACAGACAAAGAGAUCGGUACGUCGUCGCCUCUCAGGACCAGAGGCGGAUUUAUAGGUUACCGAGGGUAAUUACCGCUUUGGGAGUGAGGAUCUUGGUCGCCAGCUUCCCCAAUACUCUUGCCAACCCCUUUCCCACUCGGUUACUCCACUGCAAAUUCGUUAUCAAGGACUGCCUUCAGCGCGAGGCGGUGCCUGGAGAAUCAGACCAACCGGGAGUUAGGGGUGUGCACUAUAUAGGGGCAACUAUCCAACGGGACAUGUCCAUCAAGGCCCAGGCUCAGACCUCGCUUGUUCAAUGUGUGUCCAGACUGGGUCUACCGAGUAUCACCGGCCGGCAGCG